CGAUCUCUUUUCAUCUUGUGUGUGAAAUGCCAUAGCUGUGCCACGGACCCAGCGACGGCAGAGCCCAGGCAGACGCAAAAAAGCUGGCCGUUGGACAGACCUCUGUUGAUACCGAUGGUGGCUACGCUGAUGAAGGUGGUCAGAUUUUUGACAAUAUGGUCGAGAUCCUGGUGCGAGACAGCCCCGCCGAGAAUGGUCCACCAACGGCCCUGGGCAGUGUUAUCAAGAGAGAUGGUGAAGUGGCGGCGAAGGGUCUGCAAGUGAUUGGCCUCAUUCUGAAGGCUAAGAAAGGAUCCAGAUCGUUCCGAGCUCGCGCCUCCCUGAUCCCUAUUGAGAUCGUGGAUGGUCCUUACGUUACUGCCCAGACCUCUACUGCUUCUACCACUCCUCGCUUGCCGUUGCUGUGUUGUUUGAGAAGAGGAAAUGAGCCUGGAAGGGAGGUCGAGAAGAGAAGGGUAUCGCCAGAUGGCGAAGACGGCCGCGUUGACGCCGCAGAAAAGGUAGACAAACCAGCCCUUUUUGAAGUUGCUGAUCAGAUACCUGCCGAGAUAAGGACUUCGCUGCCACCUCAUGUCGAAAACGACACGGGGAAUGAACUCGAAUGGAUAGUGGGCGAAUACUUUGUCGGCGUGUUGAGAAGCCACCU